CAAACACGUGUUUCAUUGGGACAAUAGUGAGUGGUGCACACUUCCUUCGUCCAGCCACAGAACAAAACAAAGUCGCAUUUAACAGUUGCUGGUAUAACAAUAGGAAGAAUAUAUUCCACUCAUCUCUUGUACAUGCGGCUGAUGAGACGUCCAGCAGAUGAACGCUCGUCAAGAAGAACGUCCCCUUCAGCAGGCAGGAGGAUCCACGGCCCCCCCACAUUAAAGAGGAAGAGGAGGAUCUCACCAAGUUUCCACUGACUGUUGUCUCUGUGAAGACUGAACCACCUGAGUCCUCACAGCUUCAUCACAGUCCAAACGUCUGUGAAGAACAUCUUCUCCAUGAGCAACAGAAGUGGAGCUUCAAGAUGGUGAAGGAGGAGUCACAGCUCUCCCACAUUAAGGAGGAAGAGGAAGAACACAUCAUCAGUGAAGAGGGAGAGCAUCUUCAAGGACUGGAGGAGUUCCCAGUGUUUGUUGUGAUUGUGAAGAGUGAAAAUGAUGAGGUCAAAAGUGAAAGUGAGGAGACAAGAGAGGCGGAGCCUCCAAGCAGCAGCUCAACACAACACAUGACAACAGAAGCUGAUGGAGACCACUGUGGAGGAUCACAAGCAGACAAGCUCUUAGCUCCACUAUCAGAUAGUGAGGACACAACGUCACACUCUCCUGACACUGAUGAUGAAGACUCUAAAGAUGAUAAGACAUGUCACACUGACAACACACGCUUGACAUGUUCUCACUGUGGCAAAACAUUUAAAGACCGUUGCAAUAUGAAAAGACACAUGAAAAGAUACACUGGAGAAAAACCUUUUUCAUGUUCAAUCUGCGGUAAAGAUUUUACUCUAAGGUACCAUUUGAAAGAACACAUGAGAAUACACACUGGAGAAAAACCUUUUUUAUGUUCAAUCUGCGGUAAAGAUUUUACAAAAAGGCAAAAUUUGAAAGCACACAUGAGAACACACACUGGAGAAAAACCUUUUUCAUGUUCAGUCUGCGGUAAAGAUUUUACUCAAAGGCAAAAUUUGAAAACACACAUAAGAAUACACACUGGAGAAAAACCUUUUUCCUGCUUAGAAUGUGGUAAAAGUUUUGUAAUGAAUCAAAGUUUAAAAAUACACAUGAGAACACACACUGGAGAAAGACCUUUUAUAUGUUCAGUGUGUGGUCUAAGUUGUAAAGAAAGACAGCAAAUACAAGCACACAUGAGAACGCACUCUGGUGAAAAACCAUACUCAUGUUCAAGCUGCAACAAAAGCUUUGGUCACCCAAACACUCUUACAGUACACAUGAGAACACACACAGGAGAGAAAGUGUUGAGUUGCAGUGUGUGUGGUGAAAGAUUCUCUUAUAAGUACCAGUGUAAGAAACACAAGUGUGCUGGUGAGAACAGCAGCAGCAAAUGAAACGUCAGGAUUUGAAAUAAUCUGUCAAAACUUUAAUUUUGACUUUCUAACAAUAUCAGCACAUAUAACAUGUGUGACAUCAUUGUUGUGUGUGUAACACAAUCUUGUUAAUAUGAUUCUGACAUUUAUAGAUUAGACACUUCAGAUUAGUGCUUUUAUUUUAUUCAAGUACAUGAGUUAAUAUACACAUUUGUGUACUUUAAAAUGAACAGAACAAUUUGACUGAAAGAGUGAGAAUAAACAAUACAUAAAAUAUGUUACAUACAAUAAACAUUGUAUGUGUAGAUAUUCAUAAUUCACUUUUAUACAAGUUUUUUUUUUAAAUAAUGAAGUGUUACAUAUUUUAAUUUCUAAUUGUAGAUGAUUCCAUAGAUGAACUCAUUUAUAUGAUAUACAUAUUUGUUUUACAUUUGUUCAUACCUUUGCUUUUGAGUACACAUAAAUCCGUCUUAGUUCAUAUUUACUAGUUUACAUCUGAAACGUCUUCUGGACCACUUCUGGAAACAUAUUAUUAUUUACUUUAUACAUUUGAGCAGUUGUCUUUUAUACAAUUUUAAAAUGUGUGACUUUAUGAAUCAUUUGUUGGGUCUCUAUAAUCUAUUCUAUUAAUUAUCUUUAUUACUCUCUUUUGUAAUAUGAAUAUUGUUGUGUGAUUGUUCUAUAUGUACAGUAUGUCCCCAGACUUUUAUGCAAUA